CACCCCCUAAUCCAGGACUCCCUCACCGCCCCUCUCUCUCCUUUCUUCUCCACCCCGAGCCGCCGGCUGCUCUUCCACCUAGAGGAACGAAGACCCCCGGCCCCUUCCCUGUGUGCUCUGUCUUCUCUCCCACCUCCCAUGAUCUCCACCGUCCCACCUCCCACGAUUCAUUUGCAGGUUGAGGCUUCCGGAGGCUACAUCCAGACAAGCAACUCCACGCCCAAUCUCGCUCCCUCCCGGCGCUAACCCGUGCGUCGCCGACCGGGUCGAGGAAAGGACGUCGACCCACCGCACCGGCCGGAUCCGCUGAGCCAGCGGCCGGAUCCGCCGAGCCAAUGGCCAGAUCCGCCGAGCCAGUGGCUGGAUCUCGAUCUUCUAGUCCUUCCCGCCUUCUCCUUCGUCGACGGCAGGCAGCAGAAAUGUGCAAGGCGCGCGCGACUGCUCCGGCCAGAGGAAGGCGCGAGGUACGACGCGACAGCGCGUGGUCGAGCCAGGCACGACACGGGCGGGCACCACCACACCGGGGCGUGACUACGGCAGCCAACAUCGGCGCCCAAAUCGCAUCCACCGAACCCAGGCGCGGGAUUCGGUGGGCGUGCGGUUUUGUGUUCAACAGGAGAGCGCACGCGAGAAAGAGCGCUGCUCGGGACGACCUACUCCUUCGUUGGCGUUUGGCAGCAGGUCGACAUCAUGGGCAACUACCAGGCCACCAGGGCAACCGCACCACGCCCUCCUACGUCGCCUUCACCGACACCAAGCGCGUCACCAGCAACGCCGCCAAGAACCAGGUUCGCCGCGGUUGAGUAUUCAAGAUGGAGUGUGAUUGAAAUAUCAUCGACCCCCAUUGGCAUUUAUCUUGGCGAGAUGCUGGCCUCAAACAUGUUUUCUACUGAGAUUUCUAUAAUGUUUCAUGUGAUGUUUCUUUAAUGUAGAUAUAGGCUCUGUUAUGGUUGCGCAUGUUUCUCGUGAUGUUGUAAUGGUUGUCUUAAUGUGACCUUAAUGAUGCUUAAUGUGUGAUUGAUGUACUGUUAAUAAAGACUGGUUUUAUUUUUUAAA